GGGAUAUGGGAAUAUGUUUGAAUGUGUGCACAGUGUGUCGGUCGGGAAAGGGCUGGCACGUGUAUGUAAAGGCUAGCAAAGGUGUGGUAAGGUAACUUGUGGUUCUUUUUAUGUGUGACGCACGAAGUAAUCCAUGGUGUGACAGCUGUGAAUUCGUGACGUCCGUGACAGGACUUCCAGGCCAUUGACUUUUUUGAGGAAAACGAACAUAUGAUUUUUGAAUCUUUAUUUAAAAAUUUCAAGCACAAUUGAAAUUUAAUAUAGCAGCAUGGUGAAUAACGUGCAAGCAGAAUGUUCUUUUACUUCUUGGUAUCCCCAUUUUUCAAAAGAUUCCCUGGAAGCGAUUAUUCUUCCUUUACCUGAUAAGAUUUUAAAAUACCUGGAGCAUGAUGCUUUUGUCCUACCUGUGGAAGCUACAAAAAAUGUUGAAUGCACCGCAGGAUGGUCCGAUGGUUCAACUGUAUUUCCAGACUCAUCAGAGGAUCCUGAAUUCGAACCACCAACUUUUCCUGAAUUUAGUAAGAAAAUUCAAGAGGCUAUUGAUGACUUUGGAGCUGCAUUCAUCAAAUCAAAUUGGAGCACACCCUCAGAUGCCACAUGGGUUGCACCAACAAAAACACUCAAAUGUACAUCGUUGGAAGACGUAUAUUUACUUUUAAAAAGUUCGGACAGAAUUUCCAAUGAUUUGAAUAUGAUUCGAAAUUGGAGCGACAAUAAAAAUGCUGUCAGUUCCUGUUUAGUACUAAAAAGAUGGAGGGAAAUCAAUCCGUGCACAGAAUUUCGCUGCUUUGUUAUGAACAAUGAAUUGAUUGGAAUAUGCCAAAGAGACUUAUCACAAUAUUACACACACAUUGAAUCAGAAAAGUACAGCAUACAAAGGGACAUUACAACUAUUUUUAAUGAGCGCAUCAAGGAAAGAUUUAAACUAGAGAAUUAUUCAUUCGACGUUAUACGUUACAAAAAGGACAAAGUGAAAAUCAUAGACUUUGGUCCAAUGGAUGAAUCAGUGACAAAAGGCUCUUUAUUCACCUAUCAAGAACUGCAGAAUGAAAUAGAAAAUACUCCUGAAUUCAGAUUUAUUGCCGAAGAUGUAGGAGUACAACCAAAAACUGCCCAACAUUUCUGUGUGCCUCAGGAAAUAAAUGAAUUUUUUCAAUCAAGAGGUGAAAUGUCGAUGAUGGAUGCUCUUCGAGAGGAAGUUGAAAAUCAAGGUCGAGUUCAGAACGAAGAAGACUCGGAUUAAAAUUAUCUAAUGUUUUCUUAGAAUUAAGUGUUACUUCUUGAUUUCUUAAAUAAAAAUGUUCGAAAUUAUUUCAAAAUUUA